UAUCGCGCGCGUUGUGCUCUGGCUUAGAGGCCGGCUCCGAACGCCGCAGAAGAACGCGAUCAUCUUCUUUGAUCGUAGUUAAUUAAGCGUUAUCUCAUCGAUGAAGAUCUGAAUAAAUCUGAUCAGUUGUGCCAUCGAUUCCUGCGACAGAUUUCGUGACUGUCAUUUCCUUUGCUUUUGGUUCUUCGGUUUUGAACAGUUUGUGAGUGUUGUGCACUCUUCGGUACAUGGUGCCGAUGUGGGAUUGAAGAUGUAUGUUGUGUUGUAAUGAGUGUUUUGAUGGGUGCUCUGGAUGUUAUCAUUGCCACUCUACUGGUGCUGCCUGGAGGUCUCUCCAACCUGAAGCCUGUGGAUGAUGGGGCAUCCCCUAACGAGUUGGAUAAACCAAUUCCCAUGGAUUCAGUUCAAGGAGUGCUUGGACAGAAAAUAGGACUUCCCUGUGAUUUGACACCCAGAGAUAGAGAUGAUGGGGUAUCCAUGGUAUUAUGGUUCAAGGAAAUCAUAAGUGAGCCUUUGUACAGUUACGAUUUGAGGGGUCGACAAGCCAACAACGCAAAACUGUGGUCCAGCCCUAACGCCUUCGGUCCACGUGCCUUCUUUCAGGCCACCACCACUCCAGCGUUCCUUUUCAUCGACCACAUCGAAAUAUCUGACGAAGGUAUUUACAGAUGUCGAGUCGACUUCAAGAACUCCCCCACAAGGAACAGUAGAGUUAAUUUUACAGUUAUUGUGCCCCCAUCAAAAAUACACAUCUAUGACGAUAAAAGGAUAGAAAAAACCAUCCUGUUAGGACCAUAUAACGAAGGCUCGGAUCUGAAUUUAAUAUGUGAGGUUAAAGGAGGACGACCUCGACCCAGGGUGAACUGGUUCCUGGAGAAUUCCCUGCUAGACGACUCGUUCGAAGUACGAUCGGAUGGAAUCACCGUCAACUACUUGACGUUUCGUCACAUCGAACGUAGACACCUUCAUGCUCGUUUCAUAUGUCAGGCGAGCAACAAUAAUUUAGUAGCUCCCGAAACAAGAGUGGCUGUGUUAGAUAUAAAUUUGAAGCCUCAGAGCGUCAGCAUUUUAACAAAGGAGCGUCAAGUAUCUGCAGAUAAGCGAUAUGAAGUGGAAUGUCGAACGUAUGGAUCGCGUCCCGACGCCGUGAUCACGUGGUGGCGAGGCAGCAGACCGGUCAAGAAACUGGCCAAGAUUGUGACAUCACAAAAUAACCAAACACUGAGCACUCUCACUUUCGUCCCAGUAAUAGAAGAUGAUGGAAAAUACCUCACAUGUCGAGCUGAAAAUCCUUCAAUUCCUGAUAGUGCCCUCGAAGAUAGGUGGCGACUCAAUGUACAUUAUGUUCCGGUUGUGAAUCUGAAAAUGGGAUCGACGCUGAAUCCAGGGGACAUCAAAGAAGGCGACGACGUCUACUUCGAGUGCAACAUAAGAGCAAAUCCCAAAGUCUACAAACUUUCCUGGUUCCACAACGACAUCGAAAUUUUUCAAAACGUCAGUGGAGGAACGAUAAUGAGCGACCAUAGUCUGGUACUUCAAAGUGUGACGCGAGCAUCUGUGGGAGAGUAUAGAUGUGUUGCCACGAAUGCUGAGGGCAAGGGGUCCAGUAAUCCUAUCAAGCUUGUGGUCAGAUAUGCGCCGGUAUGCGUGCAGGAGCGCGAAGAGCUUUACGGCGCCCUGAAGCAGGAGACCGUGACGCUGCGGUGCCAGGUCGACGCCAAUCCGGCCAUUGUGACCUUCCACUGGACUUUCAAUAAUUCGGGCGACCAGACGGACGUGCCGGCCAAUAAGUUCACCAACGAGGUCAGCAGCUCCAGGCUGAAUUACACACCUGUCUCCGACCUCGACUACGGCACGCUACUGUGCUACGGGAAGAACGAGGUCGGCGUGCAGAAGACGCCCUGCGUCUUUCAGGUUGUCAUUGCGGGUCGACCAUCCCAACUGCAGAACUGCACGAUAUCGAAUCAAACUUUCGAGUCGCUUCAGGUGUUCUGCGUUGAGGGAUUCGACGGGGGCCUGCCCCAGAGCUACUUGAUGGAGGUGUUCGAGCUGCCUUCGCUGAGGCCGAGGGUGAAUCUCACCACUUACAGGACGCCGCCGACGUUCGCAGUCGAAGGCCUCGACCCCGGCAUCAACUACAAAAUCGUCUUGUACGCUGUCAACGCCAAAGGACGAAGCGAGCCCACCGUGAUAGAGUCCGUAACUUUCAAGGGCGUCGCCAAGCUGCAGGGUUCAACGGCAUCGAUGCCAGUCAGUCCCCUGCUGAUGGGUCUCCUGGGAACGGUGAGCGUCCUCGCCACCGGAGUCUGCCUCGUCCUAGCCGCCCUCUGCAAACGCCACUACCUCCGAUCCGGCCAUAAGCACCACCACAAACACCACGGCCACCAUGGCGGUGCGGUUUCCGAGACAAAACACGCGCCUUUGGAAUCCAUGGUCGGAUCGGACAGCGUAAUCGUAGACGGCCAUUACACGGGGCUGCUCACUGCAGAACCCACCGGAAACGAGGAGCCAGGCGGCAAAAACGGAUCCGUACUGGAGGACACCGAUCCGGACAUUAUCAAGAAUCAAUUUGAGAGACGUUCCUUCAACAACCUAACUAAAUUUUACAAACCCACAGAGCACAGACUGGAAAAAGCCAAUGAAUAUAGUUAUAAUACGUUGAAUCCUUCGAAAAGUCCGCAAGCAGGAAAUUCAACGAUGUACCAUACACUACAAUGCUCAAGAAGUUCGGUAACAGCGCCGUUGUCGAGCACGAAAACAUUUCAUCACAAAUACAAAGGACCCGAAGUUGUUACUUCUUCCAAUAGAAUACAAGAAAGUUGCAUAUAAGUGUCAUUGUUUUUACUGAGUAUUAUUAUUGUAAUUAAUAAAUUAAAUCCAUCCAGG